GGUUCGAUACACUCAACCAAUGUAGUGAAGGUGUAGAAAUGUCCUGGCAUGAGGAUGGAAAUCGGAAUCAACGUCUCUUCAAAGUUGUAGAUUUUUGCUAUGUUCUGGAAAGCUUGCGAAUCGACGACUCUGAUCGUGCCUUGUUCAGUUCCAAGCACGAGCACGUCUAUGCUGUCCAUUGCUGACUUGGUCAUGGAAGCGAGACAGAGCCCUCCUCAGCUUCUGGGAGCCACACUGGCAAUUGCGAGCUCGAUUACGUUCACUACGAAGACUUUGUUGCUAGUUAUAAGUCUUUUUUUGAACACAUGCGAUUAUGUGGUCUAUCGUAUGACUAUCGUAAUCCCUCUAUUACUAUUCUGGACU